AGAAAGUCUUACUAUGUAUUUAUUGUCAGUAUUUAAUGAGUUUACUUGAAAUAUUUGUAUUAUAUAAAUAAACACGCACACAUUGUUAAUCCACAGAUAUAGUCCAAAUUGGUAGAAGAAGAAGAAAAAUUUAGAAGAUAUUGAAACAAGUUUUUACCAAGUGAAAAUUCGUACUUUCGCAGCAGGAAAAAUGAUUUAUUUACAAUGGUUUUGUUUCUGUGUUGAUUUGCGUCUAGGGACUUUUAUUGUAGCUAUAUCGGAAAUAAUAAUUGAUCUGAUAGCUGGCGGCUUUAUAGCGUUUUUUGGCGAAGCGGGUGCACCCGAUCUAUGCCACAAGUUGUUUUGUAUAUUCAUGGUAAUGCAUUUGAUAAGUGCAGUAUUAUUAUUUCUAGGCACUCUAUGGCUACGUCCAAACUGUAUGCUCUAUUAUAUACUGUUAACAUUGAUCAAAGUAUUGGCAAUGGUCAUUUUGGUAAUAUCAGACGUAAUUCUUCUCAUAUGGGCUCCAGUUAUAGCAUUCUAUGUUAUUAUGUUUGUUCUAGGUAUAUAUUUCUGGCUGGUCGUCUAUUCGUUUUAUGCAGCACUCGGGGGUGAUUUGUUUAUCUGAAGAACUACCAUAUUUCUGUAAAUUCUAAUCUCUCUAUGUCAUUAUUUGAAUUGUCUUCGCCUUAUCAAUCAUGAUAAAUAUAUACUAUAAAUAUACGAAAAAAACAAA